AUGCAUGGCUUCUCUGCAGGUGAGGACUCCAUCAGCUCACUGGGCAUGAUCCUCGGAGUGGGACUGUCCCUGCUGCUUGUGUCCAUCCUCGGCUACAGCUUGGCCAAGUGGUACCAGCGCGGGUACUGCUGGGAUGGGCCUAAUUUUGUCUUCAACUUAUACCAGAUCCGGAACCUGAAGGACUUGGAAGUGGGGCCACCCUUCACCAUCAGUGGCCACAUGAGCAGUCCAGAUGGCGGCUACAUGAAGUUCUCCAAUGAAAGAGUCUGAUAGAGAUGCAUCUAGCCUCUGGAGGUCAGGAGAGGUCCAGACUAACGUCUCCCAAGCACCUGCUUUUCUCAGUCUUCCAUGACCAUCAUAAUCAUCUCGAUGCUUCUUGAACUGCCUCCACCUGCAUUCAAAUGCUUCCUUGACAUGAAUGGAAGAGUUCUACUCAUUCAUGCAUUCAUUUAUGCACCGAAAGUUUAUUGAGCACUCAUUACUAUGCACUACCAUUGACUGGGCGUAGAGGGCUCAGAGAUCAAUCAAGAGGAGUUCCUGCGGCCAGCGAGCUGGAAUGAGUGCUGGCUAAAGGACCUUGCAUGAAAGUUGUGGGCCCAGAGAACUAAGGAAAAUAGUCAGCUUCAGGACUAUCCCCAUUUGACAGACCAAAAGGCUCAGGUCCAGAAAGACUCAUUUGCAAAGAACAGAUCAUGCCUAGAACCCAGGGAAGUGGUCUUUCCUUUCCUUGGGGAUGCUCUUUGGGCCUCUCCAGCCCAAUAGUCUUGCUGUGGUCAUUGGUUAAUCUUAGUGGACCUUGCUGAGGAAGCUGGUUAGUCUUAGUGGACCUUGCUGUAGUAGUUGAUCAGCCUGAGUGAAGACAUACCAUGUGUUUGCCCUGCCUCCCACACUCCACACCAUCCCAGGGUCUAGAACGGUGACUGUAUUACCUAUGCUGGCUUUUUGCUAGCCUUGUAUCCUGGGCUCAGAUCUUCUACGGCCUGACACGGACUCCAUGUCUGAGCCUUCCUGCCUCCCCUUAGCGUAGUUACUAUAUCACACACCUGAGUGCACCCAGCACCUACGAGGUGCCUCAUACCACUGCAGGUGUGGAGGGCACCAAAAGUGAGACUUCACACUUCCCAUUUCAUCUUCCCAGGGUGUCCCCGUAGUGACAAGCCACAUGUUGGAAGCACACUCAGGGUCUGAGCGGCCCAGGGGUUGCUUUGCAGAGGACACAUGGGCAACCUUGAAACAGCAAAGUGGAAGAAGAGCUUCUGGGGCUGAGGAACUGGCAUGAAUAGAAGACCAGAGGCAUGAGCAACACAGUUUGUUGGGGGAAGGCAGGUGGAUAUGAGGGCUGGAGGGGAGGAACGGUGAGGGUGUGAAAGGGAAGAAAUCAGUAGGGACAGGAACCAGGAGGGUGGUUCUGCAGAAGCUUCUGAGCAGAGGCUUUUGAGUGCUGUGUUACGUGUUGGCCAGUAGAAUUCAAAGCUCAAAUGUGCAUUUUCAAUCCCUCAGCUCAGUAGACAGCUGAGAUUAUUUAGUGGCAAGGGAUGCUGGAGGGAAAGCAAAAACAACAAACAACCCUGACCAGGAGGCUAUGGCAAGUGGUACCAGAGAGGGCUGAUGAAGACUCCAGAUGGACAGGCAUGGAAGAAGCAGGAUGGGAUGGCUGCAAGACCACCAAAGAGGCCAGGCUGAGGAACCAUAUAAUGGUCCCUUUUCCAUUAGGCAAAAUCUGCAAGAUCCCCUUGGCUGUGUGUGUGGGGUUGGUAUUAACCAUUCUGAAUUCUGAGAACCAGUAGAGAUGAUCAGAAUUAAGAAGAAAGUGGUGACUCCAAUUUGGAGAUGUGAGGGGUAAACCACUUUAACCCCUCUGAAGGCAGUGGAGAAAUGAAUGUGGGUUGGCAGCUGUGGAUGCAGGAGUUGCUGGGGCCCUCCAUGAAUGCACUUUGGGGGGAUUCUGGAAAGUGGCUAAAGAUGGGAUCUGUUGUGUUGAGGGGUGGUGAGUUCCCGCAGAGGCUGCAGGGCUGUACGGUGUGGCCCACACAGGCAUCAUGCAUACUGUGUGUAGAGUGUAGUCUGUGAGUGGGGCUGCUCCUUUAAAAAGCUGCUUACGAGGGGAAGGAGGAAGCUGGCACUGUGUCUGCCUUUCCCCGCUCAUGCCCACUCCAGAGUCCCUCAACUCUGUGGGUGGGAUAAUUCAUUACAGGGAACGCUUGACUGUUAUGUCACCUCUGGCUAUGGGCUGUGGCUGCCUGAAGAUCCCCGAGGCUGCUGGCUGGGGUCUGCAGCUGCACAUGCUGAGCUCAGGCAUGGUUCUAGACACUGUAGGCCAAUAGGAUGGCUGCCCGCUCUUCCUAGAGCUAGCGAGUUAGGUGAAUAGCCCGAGUUCACAGGCUGGAGAUGGCCAGGAGUCCUCUCCAGACCUGUCUUCUCAUCCCUGUGGCACGACAGCAGAUUCACCCACAAUGCAAGGCUCACAGAGAACACAGAACACUUGCCCUCAAAAUGCCCAGUCCUAAGCCCUAAUCCAGUGCCAGGCCCAUCCUGAGAGCUACUUAAAUAUCUUUCCUCUGAAUGAAAUACCACUAUUGAGCUGAAGCUCAGCAUCUUCUAGGUCCCCAACAUCUCUGCCCCGGCCACACCAUGUUUCCCCUUCUGUACCCAUGCCAUGCACUGCUCUCUGUCAGGUUCAAGUGGCACUUAACACUUGACUCUUUUUCUUUCUACCCAGCCUGUUGUCCUAUCUUGCUUUCUAUGUAGUGUCAUCUGAAUUUGUUCCUUCUCAAUUCCCAUUGCCCUCGCUCAACACACACACACACACACACACACACACACACACACACACACACACACCCAUAUAGAUUGAAUGUUGA